AUGGUCAAUGAGCAGACUUCUUCCGAUGGAAGCAAGCUAGGUGCUUCCAAUCCUUUCUUCAUCCAUCAUUUCGAUCACCCAGAAAUGAUGUUGGUUUCGAAGCCCCUUCAUGGGGAUAAUUACACGACUUGGCAUUGCUCCAUGACUGUUUCCUCGAGUGCCAAAAACAAGUUGGAUUUUGUUGAUGGCACUGUCAAAGUUCCUUCCGCCAAAACCUGA